UCCUCCCUUUCCCUCGCCGUACCACCACCCGCUCCUCUUCUCCGCCUCUGCCUCCUCCUGCAGAAGCCGCCGCACAAAACCCAAACCCUAACCGCCGCCCCUCCGAGGCGCGCCAGAUCGGCGGCGGCGCCCACUGCUGCUGCUCCGGAUCCAAUGCAGCGGCUGCCGUAGCGCGGGAGCUGCCGAUCUGAGGCGGCGGCGGCGGCGCUGGCGCAGGUGGGACAGGGAUGUCGUCUGCGCCGGUGGCGGGGGCGGCGUUCGAGCGGUACCAGCAGCGCGGAGGUGGCGGCCCCGCGGCGGCCAACGGCAACACGGUUUUCAAGAGUGGGCCUCUUUUCAUAUCAUCCAAAGGGAUUGGAUGGAAAUCAUGGAAGAAACGUUGGUUCAUCCUCACAAGAACAUCAUUGGUUUUCUUCAAGAGUGAUCCUAGUACCUUGCCCCAGAGAGGUGGUGAAGUGAAUGUUACUCUAGGAGGGAUUGAUUUGAACAAUUCUGGGAGUGUGGUAGUCAGAGAAGACAAGAAGUUAUUGACUGUACUUUUCCCAGAUGGCCGUGAUGGUCGUGCAUUCACUCUUAAGGCAGAAACUUCUGAAGACUUGUUUGAGUGGAAAACAGCAUUGGAAGAAGCUCUUGCACAAGCUCCAAAUGCAGCUCUUGUGAUGGGACAUAAUGGGAUAUUUCGUAAUGACACAGCUGACACAUAUGAAGGAGCUAUUCCAAAUUGGAGAGAGAAGAGACCGAUCAAGUCAUUGGUGACAGGCAGGCCAAUUCUGCUUGCACUUGAGGAUAUUGAUGGCAGCCCUUCUUUUUUAGAAAAAGCCCUGCGCUUUCUUGAGAAACAUGGAAUAAAGGUGGAAGGAAUUUUGAGGCAGUCUGCAGAUGUGGAAGAAGUUGACAGGAGAUUGCAAGAAUAUGAACAAGGAAGGACUGAGUUUUCAGCAGAUGAAGACGCUCAUGUUGUCGGUGACUGUGUAAAGCAUGUUCUCCGAGAGCUGCCAUCAUCCCCCGUGCCUGCUUCUUGCUGUACAGCAUUAUUGGAAGCGUUUCGUCUGGAGACUAAGGAUGCUAGGAUAAAUGCUAUGCGUUCAGCUAUAUCUGAGACAUUUCCUGAGCCCAAUCGGAGGUUGCUGCAGAGAAUUUUAAAAAUGAUGCACACUGUUGCAUCUCACACUUCUGAAAAUCGAAUGACUGCAUCGGCAGUUGCUGCCUGCAUGGCGCCUCUUCUGUUGCGUCCACUUCUGGCUGGUGAAUGUGAGAUGGAUGAGGUAUUUGAUAUGGAUGGUGACGAUUCUGCGCAGCUUCUUGCUGCAGCAAAUGCCGCAAACAGUGCUCAAGGAAUUGUCGCAACUCUCUUGGAGGAAUAUGAGGGCAUUUUUCAUGAUGAACACCUCAGAUGUUCCUUGUCACCUGAAUCUCAAAUUGAAGAUAGUGGUACUGAAGCAUCAACUGAUGAUGGUAAUUUGGAAGCCAAGGGCAAUGGAUUUCAUGAUGCAGAAAAUGAUGUAGAUCAAGAAAUGGAUGAUGACAAUGGCGUGGAACGUAUACUUAGUGGGAAAUUGAGUGAGAGCAGUGGAUAUGCUGGCAGUGACCUCUAUGACUACAAGGCAGUCAAUGCUGAGGAGUCAGAUGCUGAACGCCCUGUGAAGAUGUUGGAAGGAAAUUUGAAUUUGAGCAAAGUACAGAACAGCCUUUCAACUGAAAAUGGUUCAGCGAAUGUGGAUAGCUUACUAAGCGAAAAUAAUCCUUCUAACCCAACAGUUGGUCACGAGACUUUGUCUAUGGGGGAGAUCCUUUCUUCUUUUGAUCCUGGAAUUUCUGUACCGACCCAUAGUCCUGAAUAUUCUGUAGAGAGACAGACAAACAAAACUAAUGGAUCUCACCCACAUGUGAAGCGGAGUAACUUUUGGGGGAGGAAUAAUGCAAGGAAGGGCCAAAACUCUGAAUCAGUCGAUUCAUCUGGAGAAGAAGAGCUUGCUAUUCAAAGACUAGAGAUUGCGAAGAAUGAUCUGCAAAACAGAAUUGCAAAAGAGGCUAGAGGGAAUGCAAUUCUACAGGCGAGUUUGGAAAGAAGAAAACAAGCGCUACAUGAACGCAGAUUGGCUUUGGAACAGGAUGUCUCCAGGUUGCAAGAACAACUGCAAGCUGAAAGGGAUCUGCGAGCUGCAUUGGAGGUUGGCUUGAGCAUGUCUUCUGGACAGUUUUCAAGUGCUCGUUCGAUGGACGUGAAGACAAAGGCAGAACUUGAGGAGAUUGCUCUCGCUGAAGCUGAUGUUGCAAGGUUAAAACAGAAGGUUGCAGAGCUUCACCUCCAACUCAAUCAACAACGUCAACACCAGUAUGGCUCUGUAGUAGAUGCAAAUGAUCGUCAUCACCGCCUCCCUGGUCAUUUCUCACAGCAAAACUUUGUUCAACAAGGAUUUGAUAUGAACCUUGCUUUCUGCAAUCAAGAGAAGCAGAGAAAUGAGGAGAGUUCGGUGGAGUCAUCACAAUGGAGAAACAUCAAGCAGCAUGUGCUACCUUAUGGUUCUUCGAGGCCACUCACACGAAAGCUUUCAUUUGAUGCCUCCUCAAGUGAAUCAAGGGGCACAGAACCCUCAACAAGUAUGUCAACAGAGAACACCUCUGUGUCCAUCAACGUCCCAAAGCUGGCAGAGGGCAUUGAAUUUGGGAGGCAACCAAUGGUCACAUCCUCCACUUUGGUAGAGCUAACAACUAGACUAGAUUUCUUCAAGGAGCGAAGGUCGCAACUGAUGGAACAACUUCAUAGCCUUGAUUUGGGACGUGGAUCUGCUCCGCAGGGCUUUCCAUUCAAGCCACCCUCUCCUUGGAACCACCCGAGGUAGGAGGAUGACCGUUUGAUUUCAUGAUUGUAAAUUCUUCAGUAGUGGUUCUUUUCUCCCCGCCUGGCGAUUGCAGAAAACUGCAUAUACGAGUGUAAAUGUAUUUUGCUCUUCGAUAUGGUUUUAGCUUUCGUGUUGUGCGAGGAUAGCUCCUUAAGUGGGAUGUGUGAUAUAGUCUUUUCUGUAUAACACGUUGUCAUGGAGAGAUGCCUUUUAGACAAGUUUUUCCAGUGUUGUGGCGGUGUAUAUGUAUUUUGUGCGACUUGGCGAAGAAAUUGAAUAGGUUGACUGCU